AUGACCUCCAAUCUUACUGACAUCAGGAAAUCGGUAUCAAAUAGUACUGAACCACAAUCUGCUUGCCUUCAGAUUGCGGAGUAUACCAUUUUCACUGCCAUUUUUCUUAUCAGUGUGGCAGGCAAUAUUCUUGUCUGCCUGGUGAUCUUAAAAACGCCGCGCAUGCGCACUACGAGAAACUACCUAUUGGUCAAUUUAGCUGUGUCUGAUUUAACCAUGUCACUUCUGUGCAUACCAUUUGAUGUCGCACUGAAGAUAACAUCUCCCCUCUGGCCUUUGGGUUCCACCAUGUGUAACAUACUGUGGCCCGCCAUGACUUUGGUAACAAACUGCUCUGCCGCAACACUGGCUGCCAUAAGUUUAGACAGGUAGGGAUUAGAAUUAAAUAGCACAUGGUAGGCAUCAUCUUAUUGGUUUUCCAGACAGAUGUUUUAUCAAGCUCUAUGUUUGAACUCAGUUACACGUGUGAUUUUUCUUGAUUAUAAGAUAUCUAGCUCCACGAGAGGGCAAGCCUUUAGUGAAUUAUGAAUCUCUAGCUUCCAGCCUUCGUAAUUUGAAACCUCUGGAAUAUACUUUGUCUGUGACAAGUAAAGAGCUUAUUUGCCUCAUUAAUGAAACGUUAGAUGGCCCCUGUUUGGCUUCUUUUUUUUUUUUUCAAUCGAAGUCAUCUCGCCUCGGGUAAUGAAAACGCGUUAAGAACUUGGCAAUGUUUACUCUUGAAUCGCCUACACGAAAAUAAUUCAGAUAAGCUAAGACUAAUCUGCUUCUUUUGGAGGUUCUUAAUGUGAUCUGUACAAGCUACAUUUGAUCAGCAACAGACUUCUCAACAAAUAAGUCAAUAAAUUUUAUCCAUGGAUGGUGAUAUUAGCAAAAUAUCAAAAGAUGAAAUUUGGGUAUAUUCAAGACCUUUGGUUGGAUGAGAGUUGGGUCAAUAGAUAAGUGUUUAGUUUAUUCUUCGCUUAUAAAGAGACUAGGAAACGAAAUAAUCGGGAUGUGUUUUGCUCCGAAUAGACAUAUGACAAAUCGAAGUAGUGAAAUAGUGUUGGUCAUCAUUAUAUUGACUUAAGUUUGUGGUUAUUAAACAUGAAUUGCAAUGCAGCUUCUCUUUCUCUCGUCAGAUACCGAGCCGUCGUUCAUCCUUGGAAGCCGCGUUUCACGUCAUUCCAAACAUCUGUAAUAAUUGUAGUCACGUGGUCAGUGUCAUUCAUGCUCGUGCUACCAUACGCGCUGGUACUAAAAAUUCAAAAUGGCUAUUGUGCAGAAGACUGGCCUCAUCCAGUGGCUGUAAAGGCAUACACUGUAGGUUUGUUUAUCUUCCAAUAUGCCCUGCCGCUUCUCAUAAUAACUUUCGCCUAUACGAUGGUGGGGAGGAAACUGCGUCACCAAGCUGCGCGCAUUGCAAGGAAUCGUUACGCAAGUGGCGUCCUCGUGGUAGGUUACAGUUCGAUGAAGAGUAAUUGUCAGCAGAACGCGAUGAGUGAAGUUUAUUCCGUAUCGUCUCCUAGCGUAGCACGUGUUUUUGAAUUUAAAAACACGUUCAGUGAUCCUGCAAAACGAGAGCUGGUUCCGCUAAAGUUUGAGAAGACGCCAUGCGACAAAAAGGAAAUGAAAAGGCUGGAACGCAACACGAAGAUCAUGAAGAUGCUGGUGAUGGUUGUUCUACUGUAUGCCAUAUGUCUCUUGCCCAAUCAAGUGGUUUGGCUGUGGUAUGAGUUUGGAAACUUACAGACCUGGCCACACUUCAGCAAGCUCCUGACUUUUGGCAGUAUUAUGGUAUAUAUCAACAGCUGUGUGAAUCCAUUGUUGUAUGCUGGCAUGAAUGAAGACUUCAGGAAAGGUUUCUGCAGGAUUCUGCGCUGCAGAUGGAAGCCUCCCUUUAUGACACGAGUAUGA